AUGGAGCCAAUUGAAAUAAAAAAUAUCAAGACAUAUAUCGAGUUUGAGAAACAAAAGUUUAUAACUAAGUAUGGUGACCCAAAUUUGGACGUCAUUCCAGUGUCUGAUUUGGUGUUUGUUCAAAAGCUAUGGACGGGUAGUUUUGGCCAUAUGGUGUUGGCCCGAUAUUGUGCCACCGGUGAGUUGAAAACUGUGAAGGCAGUAAGUGCUAAAGUGGCGUCCACCAGGCCAAGAAAUGUGAACACAGACAGAAAUGUUAUGACGGCGAUGGGUACGUUCCCAUUUACGGUCCAGUUGGAAUGCUGGGCCGCUGACGCUGAAUGGUUGUACCUGAUCAUGCCUAUGGUUUCCAUCGGCACCCUUUUCGAGCUGGUGUCUGAACACGGAAGACUCAACGAAAACGUGGUCCGUUUUUUCUCUGCUCAGAUCUUGCUAGGAAUUGAAUUCUUACACGCUACAGGGCUAGUACAUCGAAACCUUAAGCCUGAGAACAUCCUGGUCAACGUCAACGGUUAUGUGCGGCUGUCAGGAUUCGGUGACAGUAAACUGAUCGGGCGGGACAGUCGUACUUACUCGUUGUGUGGCACUCCCGACUAUAUGUCACCUGAGAUGGUCGGGUUUCGUGGUUACGGUUUGGCCGUGGACUAUUGGAGCCUAGGUAUUUUGCUCUACGAGAUGGCAGCCGCGCAUCCACCGUUCAUAGGACCAGAUGUCGGUGUGUUGUUUGGACGGAUCUUGCGUGGCGAGUACCGAAUGGACAACAUGUUCAGCCCACCACUUCGGAAUCUGAUUCAAAACUUGAUUCAAACGGACUUGACCAAACGACUAGGUAAUUUGAAAAAUGGAAUUUCCGAUAUUAAGAAUCAUACGUGGUAUAGUGCUACUAAUUGGUUGCAGAUAAUUAAUCAAAAAACGGAGUCACCUUUUAAACUCACCGACACUAAAUUUAUACCACCGGACUAUACAAAACUGGCGUUGUGGAAAAAUGAUGAUGAAUUUUUCGAUUUUUAA